AUACCAUACCAUAUUGAAUAAAUUUUGUUGAUUCAACGAAGAUUUAACCUAGAACCUCUUUUAAAUCCUAUGCUUCGUGUUCGUGUAUGAACGUCAAGCUUUGCCGAAGUUCCAAUCUUAUCGGGAGGCCGAAAUCUUGGUGGAGUAGCCAAUAAGAUAGAAUUUUCAUAAUCGUGUGAAAAAACGACGCCCCAUCAUGUCGAAAUGCUUACUGAGUCGAAACAAUUUUGCGAGGAUUUUUCUCGUGUCGCCGCCAACUUGCUGCCGGAUUCAUUCUGCUUCUCCUAAAGCCUUUUCCGUCGCCAAAUCGGGAAAGAUUCAGUCUCUGAAUUUGAAAAAGAAGAAGAGAUUGGACGAGAUGUGUGUUGAAAGGUAUCAGCAGUACAGCCGAACAAUCAUUCAAUCAUGGAUAUUACAAGGUAAAGUAUUGGUAGAUGGCAAAGUAGUCAGUAAAGCCGGAACACCCGUCGGCGAUAAAGCUAAGGUCGAGAUAAUUGCUGAAGUUCCGAAAUAUGUAUGUAGAGCAGGAUUCAAGUUGGAAGCUGCCAUUGAACAGCUGGGUGUUGAUGUUGAUGGGAAAGUUGCUCUUGAUGCUGGAUUAUCCACCGGAGGAUUUACUGACUGUUUGCUUCAACAUGGGGCUUCAUUUGUUUAUGGAGUCGAUGUUGGCUAUGGGCAGGUUGCUGACAAGAUACGUCGAGAUGAACGUGUUUGUGUGAUGGAAAGAACGAACUUACGGUAUCUUGCUGGACUUCCUCAAAAAGUUGAUAUUGUGACUCUGGACCUUUCUUUUAUCUCUAUUCUCUUGGUUAUGCCUGCUGUGGUCAAUGUAAUGAAGGAAACGUCAACAAUUGUUACUUUGGUGAAACCUCAAUUUGAAUGUCGUCGAUCACAAAUGAUGUUACCCAAUUAACCUAGGUCACCUUCCUCUUCCACCGAUUUCAAAGGAUGUAAUCUUGAAAAGCUAGCAGCCGUUGAUGAAGUUUUAAAUAUGGAGAAAUGGUGAAUGGGAAUGUAAAAGAACAUUGACUGAAAAAGUACCGAUCUUCCUUUCCUUCAAUGAUGGCUUUCUUCCACCUUUCUAGUCCCACACUCUUACUGUCACUUAGACUAUUAGUCUCAAAAGGGAAGGCUAUUCCACUUGGUUUUAUCCUUUUGGAUUGGAACCCCUUCUUGUAGUUAAUCUUGGGAUUCCUUUUGUGGGUUUGUGCUGUGUAGACCCUUUCAUAUUUCUUUCAUCUACUACAUCUCAUCUACAAAGAAUUGACCAACAUCUUCCUUUUUCAGUUUAUUUGCAUCAGGCUUAGCUCGUACUAGUAAGAAGGUGUUUCCAAAAGGGGACGAAACCUAUCUAAAAUCUUGUGUGCCGGCUUAGUAGCGCAUAAGCAGAACACAUAGCCUAAGCAGAAUUUAGUAUUCAACCAACCUAUGAGCUUUUGCCCAAGCUCAUCUUUUCCUACAAUAUCAACGUGGUCUCGAAGAGGCU